CACGUGUUCGGUUUAUGCACUUGAUCUAUCGGCCUUUUGACUAUGUUUUGAACGGGACAUCAUUGCGAUCGCUGAUGCACAUGUUAAUAGAGGCGCCUGUGCUCGGACAAUAGCGGCGUCUGUGCUCGGACAGAAGCUCUACGAGUUCCCCGGUGUUCGGAUGCUGUCCUUGGGGCAGGAUGCUGUCCUUGGGGAGCCAGACAUCGGUGAGUCGGGAAACGAGUUGAACGAUUGCGCUUUCGAGUUGUCGUGGUCAUUGCAUGCAGCGGUCGGGGACAAUUCAGGGGCAUCGCCGUCAUCAUCUUCCCGCCAUUCUGCUUAUCCUGUUUCUUCUCAUGGGUCUCAUGAUCCAGAGAGCUAUGGCUCAUGCGAGGUUGGAGAAGGCGUCCCCACGUUGACAUUUUCCGAGGCCCUGCAGCACAAAGAUAACAAUCAGUCAGAUCGCACAACGCCACUUCUGCACGGACCCCUGACCACCCACAUCGACAUUCCUGGUUCUAUUGCCGAGUAUCGGAAGCUUCCACUGUCUGGGUGAGAGCGUCGCGACUGGUUGGUUGUGACAUUCGGCCGUCUUUAUGUGGAGGGUGCCGUUCGCGCCACUCUUGACAUGCUUGGCGAUGUGCUGUCGUACAUCGCCUCGUUUGAUGAACAGUCGGACAUCGCUACUGACGUGGUGGAGGUCAUGGAUGCCUUCUAUGCUCUUCUGGACUCUCAUCUGGGGUGUGAUGCUGGACGUGCGACCCCACAACGUGGUGGGGUUUCGUUAGGAGUGCUGUCUUCGAUCGGGCGUUGUUUGUGGUUUCGCUUCGUAUUGAUUCCUGGGCAUAUUCGUACUGUGGCUUGCUCCUUUUCAGCAUUCACAUUUGCACAGGGCCCCAUGCGAUGACAGAGUUCCAUUUUCACGUCGUCGUCACGUUGUCUUGUUUGUGAUGGGGAUAUCUGAUAUCGUCUUGAGUGUUUGUACGCCUUGCCUACAUGUGCGAGACCCACGUAUGGGAACGCCCUUGAGCGUUUGGCUGUUCUCUUUGCUGGGACGGUGGUGGACGGGAUGCUCUGUGCUGAUCUCAGGGAUGAUAGGUCCGACGAUCGACUGUGCUGAACUUCCGCUGCUUUGGCUCAUACUGGAGGGCUGCCACCUGUUCGUGGUUGUUUCAUUUGAAUUCAGUCAUUGUGUCGUUCCUCUGGAAUUUGACGCCCUCUUCGCGAUAGGUUGAUCGAUCCUUGAUUCACUUUUGGUGCAUGCGUUUGUCGUGCGUGUAUGCUUGUGUUGAUUUGUCGUCGCACCUAUAAGAGUAAUUGUUAGGCUGCCGCCUUCCGAGUGCCACGCGUUUGGCGUGUCCCGCCUCUGCUUUGUUGUCCUCUCGUCCCAUUUGUCUUCUCGUCCUUUCGCCUCUCUCCUCUCUUCCUCCGGCGCGUUCACUACUGUUGUAGUCUCAGCUUCGCUGGCUUUUGAAGCUCCAGCCUCGCUGCCUUGCUUCCGCUGUGGGCCCUAGGGCCUGGACGCAGCCUCGCAAAGUUCACAACAACAUGUUGUUGGGCGUAGAACACCGCCCUGCUGGGACGCCUCGCAAACGCAACAACAUGUUGUGGUUCUCAGAAAUAUUCGACAAUUUAUUUGGGCAUUCCAGAUUAUUCUGCCGA